CGGAGUUACCGCUUUUUCGGAUUGAUCAGCAUUAGGGAUGACCAAGUGUAAGUUCACACAAAACUAUUGAAAAGCAGCUACUUGUUGCACUGGUAUUUUCAACGAACCUUUGAAUCCGAAUACAACGAACAAAAAUGACACUAACUGCCGAUAGCAAGAACGCAGCAACAGCCAGCACUGCUCUGGUUGUGCCGUCUGCAGACCAGAUGAUGAGGCUACCGUCGCUGCCGCAUGAGCAGCUGAUGGAGAAGAAGCAGCAAUUUUUUCUUGAAACUGCGGAGAAAAUCGCCAACGUCAAGCUGCCCGCCAACGCUGCGGCGGCUUCGAGUGCGAAGAAGAGUAGCGCGAAGGCGAGCAAGAAUGUUGACCCUUUCAACGUGAAAAAUGGAAAAGAAGAGAAAGACACUUCCUAUCAAAUCGCUGCAUCGCCCGAGACCGUUGGGAAUCUCGCUUUGUUCUUCCACAUUUUGAAAAACCAGAUCCUCACCCCGGACUUGCUCGUCGACAAGAUCGCGACUUCCGUCGCCACGACCGCAAUGUCGUCCUCGGAACACCAGCCUGGUACAACAGCUAGUAAGCCGAAACCGAAGUCCAAGGCCGCCGCGAAGAACAACAAGAAUUCUGCCUGCAGCGCGGAAAACUACAACGCUUUGGCGUUCAAAACGGAAAAGGCGCAGGCGAUCGUGAACUUUUUGGUGAAGGAGGUCAAGGCGAGCAAGAGCUUCGAGCAGUCGAGCAUUCUGAAGCGGGUAAACAUCGUGGAGGGAAAGGAGGACGAAGACCAGGCUUUGCUCGCGCUGAAAGACGUUGCAGGAGAGCAGGAAGAUGGCAGUGACGGCGAGGAGAUCCUCGAUUCUCCGAACAAGAAGUUCAAGCCGCGCGGAAAAUCCAAGGAAACAGAGAUGGAAGUGGAGCAAGAGGGGUUUAUGAACUGCAAAAGUAUCGUACUCGUACUCGUAGUUAUUGCAGUCAUGCAUUACAAAUCUUUUACUUUUUCGUUAGGUAAAUCCGCAUGACAAAUUUUAUUUCUCAUGCUGAGAAAAUUUGUAAUGCAUUUAUACGAGUGCGAUACUUUUGCACAGGAUAGGGCUUGCUGCUCAGCAAAACGACCAGAACGUCCUGUCCAACAUGUUCAACGCGGACGAAGAACAGGCUUUGGAAAAGGAAAACUUCGAUCUCUUUUUCGAUCUCAAGCUCGAAUAUUUAAGCUUUCUCCUGCUGCAGAAGGAAGACGUUUCGGAAAAUAAGUCGAAGACGGUAGCCACGACGUCCCAAAAGGGGAAGAAAACCCCGCGCUCCCAACCGGCGGCAGAACAAGCAGAGUCGAAAAAACGCACGAUCAUCUUCCACACGGGCGCGGGCGUCUCGACCGCCGCCGAGAUUCCGGAUUUUCGCGGGCCGGAGGGCGUGUGGACCGCGUAUCCUGCGCAAAAACGUUCCCACCCCAUAGUCAAGUUGGGGAAUCUGCUAGACAAAUCAACCAGCUUUGGCUGCUGCGCAUGACAAGUCUGGCCUCGUAGUGUAAUCCUGUUUGGCUUGUUUAGCAGCAUUACAGAUUUGGCAUAGCGUGCGUAUUGGAGCAUAACAAAUUCAAAAACACGACUAGAAAACGCUGCUCAUGGGGCUCCGCAUGAGAAACAUUUUCAGCAUGAGCGUGUAGAUUUGCAUUACAACUAUGGAGUGGGGACGUUUUUACUCAGGAUACCGCGCGGACGAAGAACUUCGCACCUCCCGAGACUGCGACUUCCAAGUACUUUAAGCUGAAAUCCGCGAACAAGGAAAGUACGGAUGAGGAGGAGGACUACGAUUUUGAGAACAUCGAAUUCAACGUCGACGAGGAAACGGGGGAGAUGAAGGUGGUUGAGGUUGACCCGCUGGAAUUCGAGAAGCGGAAGGCGGACAAGAUCCAGGCGAAGAUUGACUUGAAGGAUAUAACCCGCUCAGGUGUUACAAUCUCAAACGUUACAAUAGAAUCUGGAAUUUGUGUUGCAAGAAGUGCACAAUCUACCCUACUCCCACAGGAUUGCGCAUGACAAGUUCUGGAGUCCCAAUCCGCACUACAAUCUGGCGAAAUUUGUAUUGCAAAAAGUGGAACGCUGUCCGAGUCUGUCAUGUUGGUAAUGCAAGACAAAUCUCAGAUUCUAUUGUAACGUUUGAGAUUGUAACACCUGAGCAGGUUAUAGAGGAGCGGAUUACGAAGAUGAAGUUUAACCCGCCCCUGCUGUUCGAACACGCCAACCCGACGAAGGCGCACUGGGUGAUCCGCGUGCUGAACGACCAGAAGCUGGUCGCCCACGUGGUCACGCAGAACUGUGAUGGGCUCCACAGCCGGACCGGGUUGCGCGGAAAGGAAGUGAUCUCGGAGUUGCACGGCAACGCGUUCUUGGAAGAGUGUCACACCUGCGGGGAGUCGUUCUGGCGCGACUUUGACACGUGCAGGUACCGUAGUGCGCGGUUUUUGUUGCGAAACUUGGUUUUUUUUCUUUUCGUUGCGAAAGUAAUGUGAGAUGCGGACGUCGAUGUUGAAGGUAGUUUGUUUCGAAAAAAGAAUGCACCCGAAAAUGCACGAAGUUGCAAUACACAUUAACCCAGAAUCCACGGCAUUUACGACAACUCCGCGAACACGAAGCCGAACCAGCGCGACCGCGGCACCGGCCGCUUGUGCGACUACUGCCACACGGGCAUUCUGCAGGACACGAUUUCGUACUUUGGGGAGAAGCUGCGCGACUUCGAGAACGCGUUCAAGGUUUGCAAACCGGCCAUGCUGGCCGGCGCGUUCAAGAACUCGUCGAAAAUGAAGUUUGUCGCGAAUGAAGGAAACAAAAAUGAGAAAAUCAAAGACACCGUCGUCGUUGACACCAGCUCCCAAACCUUUGCAGAGCACGUGCACAUUGUGCUGGGCACUUCCCUCGCCGUCAAACCCGCAAACACGCUGCCGAACUACGGCCCGCUGUGCUUCAUCGUUUCGAACAAGCAAACGCACAAGGACAAGCACAACUGCAAGAUUGGUGGAAUUCUGGUGAAGACCUCGUGCGACUUAUCGCAAGAAAAAACUGUUUAUUCACUGUAAACUUGUAAUGCAGAAACUGUAUCUGAGAAGUGUUUGUCAUGCUACACAUGCAAGACGCUAGGUUUUCCCUGUCUUUUCCCUGAGGAAUCUCGCAUGGCAAAUUUUCCCUGGGAUGUAGAACAAACUUGUGAUGCAAAACUUGCAAAAUCCUUACAGUGAGACACUUUUUUCGUACGAUACGACUUCUUCUGCGUGAAGCUGUGGGAGAAGGUGUUGGAGAAGAAAAUCUUGGAAACGAAGGACGGUAGCACGCAGAAAAAGCUCGACUUCGAGAACUUGAACGAACAGGUGACGUUUUACGAGGUGAUCGCGGAAAAUGAGUCCCUGAAACUGAACUACAACUUCUUCAACACCCUGAUUCUGUUCAACGAGAACGAACCCUACUUGCGCCCGGGCUUUGAGCAGCCGGGGUUCAAGCGCGCACCGCCGGUGAUCGUGAAAAAGGAGGAGAAGGAGCAGCUCUCUAUCGCGGACAAGACCACCGAAGCUGCUGGUGCUUCUGCAGACACGACCAUGAAGCAAGAACCCCAGAAGGUCGCCGAGGCCGAACAAGUUGCGACAUCGAGUGUGGCCGUGUCUACUCAGCAACAGCCCUCGUGGGCCGAGAAGCAGAACGAUGAGGAGGAGAAGCGGAAACAGCGGUUCGCGGAACUCCAGCGGCGGCACGAGGAGGCGCGGGCGCGCCAGCGUGCGGUGGCCCUGAAGAAGGAGCUGGAUCUGAAAAAGCAGGCGCUGGCGGUCUACCGCUACCCGACCGCGGUCCAGUUCAAGAAGUCCUGGGACAAGAACCACUUGAAGGCGCUGCGCAUCGUCCCGCUGUUCAUGAUGAGCGAGGAGAAGCGCGGGUACACGCAGGAGGGGAAGUGCGACGAGCUGUUCGUGAUGUGCAUGCAGGAACUGACCAUCAACGGCAAAUCCCUGCUGCCCACCAUCGACCCGGCCACCGGCUGGAUCCAGCUCGAGGUAAAGGAAGACGAGAACGGGACGGAGUUGAGCGCGAAGAACUUGUUCGGCUUGCCGAACGGCAGCUUCAAACUGAACUUCGCGAACGGACAGAACGCGGCAAUUGCUUCCGCGAGUUCUUCCGCGACCAGCAUGAGUGCCAAGGCGCACUUCACCCCGCGGUCCAGCUCCGCGUCGAGUUCCGCCUGCGGGGACAACGACAUCAAGAUGCUGUUGUCCGAUGACGAAAACGGGUCGUCCGCUGCGUCCGCCUCCGGCGUUUCGAGCUCCACCACCGCGAACUCGAACAAACAGAAGAUCGACCUGUCCGACUUGUCCAACAUCACCGUGCAGUACGACUUCCUGCGUCCCGGCGAGAAGCGGCUGCGGUCCGGGAAUUCCUCCUGCUCCUCCGCGGCGAGCGCGAGUUCCCACUCGGACGGCGACGGCAUGGAUUCCGGCGAGGAUGACCCCUACCACUACAAAUUCUCCGGCGGCGAGCGAGUCUUGCGGUCGGACGGGACGCCGGUGGACUUGGAGCAGUUGCAGAAGGCCAUGGAAGAAGGUGUACCGUUCGGAACUACCGCUGCGAACAAGGGGGCCGAUGAAACUGCGAAGACUGGUGCCACUGCGGCCGCUGCCGCGACCCCGAAUAAUAAACCGGUGAACAAGACCGCUGUGUCCACCGUCCUUGCCGCGGCGAAGCCGAAGGCGAUGAUGAAAAAGCCGGUGCAGAACGAGGUGAACCACUUCAAGGCCGUGGUGCUGGAUUUUGACCAGACGCUGUCCAAAAUCCACCUGUACAAGGUGCUCACCGACCCGCGCGAGGGCUUCGACUGCAGCGACGAGGCGGAUCAGCUGAACGCUUUGCACGCGGAUUUCCACAAAGAUCUCUUCAAGCGGUGCUUCGGGGACGACAACGACCAAAAGGAGCUGGCCGAGUGGCUGAUCGCGCUGUCGGGUCUGGUAUGCAUUGCAAAUAUGUCUGGGUCUGGAAGGAUGCGAACUUGUGAUGCGCAUUUCACAACACAGACAAAUCUCUCAUCCAUGCAUAGGUAGCAAAAGGUGCCCAUUCCCUGCCACCAAAAUAGGGGAUUUGUCGUGCGGAUUAAGCAAUGCGGAAGCUUCUCGAAAUCUGUGAUGCUAGGGCUUUCUUGACAGACAUUGUGUGUCAUGCAAAAACAGCAAGACUCUUCCAGACCCAGACACUUUUGCAUUUGAUAUCUGGUCCCGGGGGUCUUUGUCUGCUCGUUCGGCUACCACACGGUCUGCUUCCAGAUGCUGGACCAGUUGCUGAAGAAGUUCAACUCCUCCGCGGAGAACGUUUUCCGCGGGAUCUUCGGGAAGGGAAACCUCGUCAACGUCCCGGGAAGUCGGGAGACCAAGGCGGACACGAUCUUCUUCAAGAUCAUGCAGCAAAAACUGGAUGCGCGGUUUCUGUUCGUUGACGACGACGAGAAGAACUGCAUGUCGGUGGCCAGCGAAAAGUACUUCUGGAACGCGGACGCGUUCUGCCCGGGCGGAAGUUUGAGCGGUGAGACGAGUGUAGUUGCAGCAGGGGAGCAUCAGAACAAGGGCCUGACCAAGGCGGAUCUCAAGAUCCUGACCGAGUACAUCAUCCACAACACUUUGACUGACAACAGUGCCGAGUUCGACUGGGAAACGCCGCGGUUCAAGGCGUUGGCGGAGGGGGAGAGUAUCAAGAAGAAAAAUCCCCCCUCCCCAUAUCGAAAACGAAAUUUGUGAUGCUGUAUUUGAGUACACAAAUCCGAUUUGUCUUCCUGGAGAGGACUGCAGACCCAUAUCAAGCCUGAGUAGAGAGGCUUUGACCUGGGCGCUUGGCAUGAAAAACGUCCGCGCUGUAGGCUCAACAGCAUGACAAACCGCCUGGAGAAUGCGGCGGAGCCUGUGGAGUUGCCUUCAUGCAACACAGAGACGAUUUGUGGUCACAAAUCAGCAAUACAAAUUUUCGAAAGCGUACCUGUUCAAUAUGGGGAGGGGGGAUUUUUCCUUUUGAUAGAGAGGGUCGGGUCGUUUGUCUGCCUGCGGAAGGUUCCGGAGAAACCUGCAGAAAGUGGUGCGCCCGCUGCUGGUGAUGAGCCGGACGUGUUCAAGAUGGAGACGGAUGAGAAGAAGGAUAAUGGCGAGACGAAAGCAGAUCCUACUUCCGCGGCUGCCGGCGCGGCUGAUCAGAGUAAGCCCGCUGAAGAGGAGGAGGAUGAGGCGAAGAAGAUGCAGAAGUACGUGGAGCCCAGCGUUUUGAAGCAGAUGCGCAAGGAAAAUGAGGACAACUGGAACUACGUGAUUGACGUGCGCAUCAAGUUCAAGAACGGUGUGGUCGUGGAGGCGAAGAAGAUUGACGCCCGGCAGCACGCCAUGUGGUUCAACCUGCAGCCGGAGAAAACCGAGGAGAAGCAGGCUGGAAAGGGAGGUAAGGGCCGCGGCAAGGGGGGAAAGGGGAAGGGCAGGACCCAGCCCCGCUUCACCACCGGCGGAGGAGUCGAUCGGUACGCAAAUCAUGUGGAGGAGGAGCAACGGGGCUGGGCUUCUGGAAAUCAGCGCCACAACGCGCAGCAGGAGGCGCAGCGGUGGGUGUCGGGCGGUGGGGACCAGCGGUACGCACAGUGGGGCAAUGCCGGUGGCAAUGAUCAGCACCAGCAGGCCUACGCGAACUACAAGCGGAAUGCGCCGAGUGGGAGAGGGGAGGAACAGUACAACAACUAUGGGGAGUGGGGAAUGCAGGGGUGGUAAAGAGUUGAGAAGGAUUUUUUGAAUGAGAACGAUGUUUGUGCUGGUAUCUGUAGGUAUCUGUAAGCACAGUCGGUUCUUCGCGUUACAUCGUAUUCUGUAUCUAUCCUCGGAAGUUGAGUUUCAGUUUUAAAAGUUUCAUCAAAACUUGACGUAUGACCACUUGAUCUUGAAUAACUGUUAUAGCUUUACAGCCAGUAAGUAUGUUUCUAACAUGUAAAUGUAUAACUUUUGUAAAACUAGUACCGAAAGCGCACUUACAGAUUCAUUUAGCGCUCCAACAUUAAGCAGCUUCAGUAGGUAUGUACAUGAAAAUUUAUGUUUUCGCAUUGGUUUAAACGCCAGCGCACCAUCCAUCAUUUUAGGGAAUAAAUUGUUUUUCUGUCGUGAUUGAGCACUGACUUUGAAAUCAGCAACGUCGAGCAAUGUUUGGAUUUUGUGACCUGCUUCUUCAUUGGGUAUCACUAUGAAUCGUCUGAGUUGUUGCCGUUUGUUUCCACUAU